UUAAAAGCGGAGAGAUUCGACUGUCUGAGACCAUCCCCCUCAUUAAGGCCGCUGUCAUAAACGCUUCUUGUCGUGAGGCAUUCCUGUAGCGGUCCUGAGACGGUUGCCAGGCAACCCGCUCUGCAUUGAAAUGCAAGAGAGAGGGAAUCAGGGGAUGCCGCCUGCCUCUGGAGCAUCACGUCGAGCGGUAAGACUCCCCCUCACAACGACCCACCGAAUACAAGCGCGGUCGAGACUUCACAUCAACAACAGCAGAUUUUUCAUCUCACUUUUCCUGCCGUCUUCCUCUCAGGCACGAUAUUUUUAUCGUUUUCGAGAUUCAGAACAAGGCCAGCAACUCUUUGGCAAGAUUUAUGAUUGAAGUUUAAGACACAGAAUUCAUCCUUCGGUCUUCCACAGGAAUAAAGGUCAUCUAGUUUGUUACUGGAUCUCUGCCUAAUUAAAAAGAGGAAGAUAAAACUUAACACUUGAUCUCACCACCUUCACUCUUUUGUUCAUUUUUGUCUCACAAGAGAAAGAGCAAGCAGAACUGAAAAGAAAAGAGACAGAGCAUUUUUCACAAGCAGCUGAACUCGGGAACAAGUGAGAUGAACGCGGGUAAGAAAACAUUAGGGAAACGACAAACGUCAGACGGCUGGAAAGCUGAAGCACGCUCCGUAAUUCUGGAAUUCCCUCUGAGCUAAAGGAUGUGGGGAUUCGACUUCUCGAUCAGUUUCCACGGAUGUCAGUGUGCUUCGGAAAGCCCAUCCAUCUCAUCAUGUCCAAUGCUAUGUUCUUCCUGAUGCUGUGCAAGAUUGGUGUGAAAGACAAACUGCAGACUUCUCCAAGGAAAAUGUUAAACACUGCUGUAAGUGAGGAAGAAAAGAGAAUUCAAGACAAGGAAAGCAAAGAGGAAUCCAUUCUGGCCAUGCUGGGAAUCAUCGGGACUAUCCUUAAUCUUGUCGUCAUCAUCUUUGUGUAUAUCUACACAACUCUGUAACAUCCUGAACACAAGGACUCACUUUCCUCAGAGAUACUGGAAUAUAUUUCAUGAGAGAUGCUGGCAUGGAAAAACCCGUCCGGUCCACCGGGAGAGCACAGGGAUGUGUGUCUGUGUCCCAGCACUCGGCGGCACAGAUCCCUCAUGGCUUCCCGUCAAACACAGAAAACAUUCAACUGUAAAUAUACAUAUUAAACUCAACAUAUUUCCAGAAGAUCAGGAUGUUUUUAUGCAUGAUGCACUUUUCAUUUCAACUUUUAAUUGGAAUUAAUCACUGACAUUUCUUACUCGAGAGUCGAACAUCUUCAGACAAUUAUUACAGUACUUCAUCUUUCAGAAUUUAUAAUGUUUUUUGUUCACAGUGUAUAUCUUCCCUCCUAAAUACCUUAUUAGACCUGAGCAUCCAUCUACUGUAGAUGUUUUGUCAUUAAUAAUGUUUUAAUAUACCCUUAAAUAAUACAUAUUUAUCUGUAAUGCCAUUUAUAUUCUUUGUAUGUCAUUCAGUGGUUUGGCUCAAAAUGUGUUGUAAAACUAAUUAAAAGUAGAUUUGGUGUUAUUAGAAAAAGUUUUACCUAGUUUAAACCCAUGCAUUGACCUUUUACCUAUAUAAAGUUUGUUUAGUAGUUUCUUUAGUAUUGAUGGUGCAGUAUAACAUGUAUUGAAAAUUAAUUUUAUAGUCAUUCUCCUUUAAAGAAUCGUAUAUCUUUUCAAAAUUAAAAUCCUCGGGAUUAAAAGGGUUAAGCAGACAGAUAGUUUAGCAUAAAUAUAAGCUGAACUGCCUUAUGAGAGAGCCCUCAAUAUAAAAAUGGGCCAUUUCAGACAAAACAUUUAUAAAAUAUCCUUUUGCAAAUGGAGGAAAAUUUGUGGUACAGUAAAUCUGCUUUAUGUAUAGAAUUUGUAAUUUGUCAUAGAUUCUCCUAAAUUUUUCCUAAUGCCAACGUGAAACUUGUAUUAACAUAAAAGCACAAGAGCUGCAGGAAUAUUAGCAGAAGAAAUGAAUGUACAUCAUAUAAAAUAUAUUUCUGAUAUGACAUCCAGCUGCGAAAUGCAUAAAGUGCCUGUUGUUUGCAAAAUAUUCCUCCAGUUAAGAUAAUCUUUCAAUAAAUAUUCAAAAUGUAUAAAAACUCUAAACAGGAUUUUCUUCAUUGCAGCGUAUGUAUUAAAUUAUAAACAUAAUGAGAACAGAAAUGAUGAGAAUGUAUUUAAAACUAUCAUCAGUGUUAAUCUUUCAUGUCUUUAAUUGGCUUUAAUGUUCAGUUUAAUGUUCAAUCAUGUGAAAUAAUAUUAAUAUGACAUAUGGUUGAAUUUAAUUGGUUACUGUAUAUAUUUAUUCCUACUGUAUAUUUGCAGACAGAAAGGUGAAUACUCCUUCGUAAUGGGGGAAUCUUGUCCGAAACUCUUUUUAUGUAUUUCAUGUAACACGUUUACUUCCUACUGCUGAUUU